GCUUAGGGCCUAACUCGUAGUCUGGAGGUGGAGGUAAUAAGUCCUCGAACAGCCGUAUGUCUAGAGUGAUCUCUCUUCGUCGCAAACCGGAUAUCCUUUCUUUUACGUUUCGGCCAUAACAAAAUAAGGCCUGAGAAUGAAGUUCAACAAAGCUGUGUCAGGUUCCAGAAGAAAAAACAGGGCUCGCCACUUCAAUGCUCCUUCCCACAUUAGAAGGAAAAUCAUGAGUGCCCCACUCUCCAAAGAGCUGCGUACUAAAUAUAAUGUCAGAAGCAUGCCAAUUAGAAAAGAUGAUGAAGUUCAGGUUGUACGUGGCCAUUACAAAGGGCAACAGUUGGGAAAAGUUGUUCAAGUUUAUAGAAAGAAGUUUGUUGUGUACAUUGAGCGUAUACAGAGAGAAAAGGCUAAUGGAGCCACUGUUCAUGUUGGCAUUCAUCCAUCCAAGACUGUUAUUGUGAAGUUGAAGCUUGACAAAGACAGAAAGAAGAUACUGGAAAGGAAAGCAAUGAGCAGAGCUAAGGCAAUGGCUGAAAAGGGGAAAUAUACUGAAGAGACCAUGGAGAGUUAAUUUAAGAUAAUAAAUUCAUUUCAAAACUUCUGUAAAACAA